UCUCUCUCGUUUAACAACACAAAACAAAACAAAAAACAAUCUGACUUGGAUUUUUGUCAUUAGUAGUCCCAUAGGCAAGAAAAAAGAAAAAAAAAAGUGAGAAAACGAAGAAAAAGAAAGGAAUAAAAAGAAGGAAAAAAAGAUAGAGCGUCUCCGGACAUUAGGAUCAAAUUAGGGCAUAACACUAACCGGAGACAGAGAGAAGCUAUGGGAAGAAGAAAAAUCGAGAUAAAGCGAAUCGAGAACAAAAGCAGUCGACAAGUCACUUUCUCCAAACGACGCAAUGGUCUCAUCGACAAAGCUCGACAGCUUUCAAUUCUCUGUGAUUCCUCCGUCGCCGUUGUUGUUGUCUCUGCCUCCGGAAAACUCUACAACUCUUGCUCCGGUGACGACAUGUCCAAGAUCAUCGAGCGUUAUGAAAUACAACAUGCUGAUGAACUUAAAGCCUUAGAUCUUGCGGAAAAAACUCGGAAUUAUCUUCCACACAAGGAGUUACUAGAAAUAGUCCAAAGCAACCUUGAAGAAACAAAUAUCAAUAACCUAAGUGUAGAUUUUCUAAUUUCUCUGGAGGAACAGCUCGAGAAUGCUCUGUCCGUAAGUAGAGCUAGGAAGACAGAACUGAUGAUGGAAAGUCUGAAGUCCCUUCAAGGAGAGGAGAAUUUGCUGAGAGAAGAGAACCAGGUUCUGGCUAGCCAGAUGGGGAAGAAGAAUACGUUUCUGGCAACAGAGGAUGAGAGAGGAAUAUCACCGGAAAAUAGCUCCGGCAACCAAAUACCGGAGACUCUACCGCUGCUCAAGUGACCACCAAUCCACCAUCGUCAACGGCAUAGUGUGCACCUCAAAUUCAAGCCUGAUUCAGAUUAAAAAGAAGAAAAACAAAUAAUUUGUAAAUUAUUAAAAGCUGCAUAAUCACAAACCUAUCUUCCUCUAAUGUGGAAAUUAUGGCUAAAAAAAAAACAGAAAGCUCUUUCUCAAUGAACAAGAAUUGUGCAACUAAGAUAAACUUAUCGAUCUUUGCUGUACCUUUGGAGACAAAGAUCAGAGUUCUCAUGAUUUGUGUCUGAAAGUACGGAUUGGAUUUUUAAAGUUCGGCUUUCUUCGGCA